AUGUCCUCAGGGUUUUCUGACCUUAAUGAGACAAAUGAUAACAACUUAAAUCUCAAAAUACCUACAAGAAACAUUGAGAGGUUUAGCGCUGUGACAUCUGAAAGAAACACAACUUUUGCGAGGUAUACUCGAAGAAGCACCACCUACAGUAAAGCUUAUAAGCGCCAUAGAACAUCUCAACCACAGAAGAUGAGUGCUAGUCAGAAAACUGCACAUGAAGAUAGUUCUAAAGCUCUCAGCUGGGUCGGAUCUUUGAUUAAAAGGGGUAGAUCGAUUUUGUCGAACUUAAAAGAGGAAGAUAAAACGUUCGAAAAACAGCUAAGGGAAGAAGCUGAAACUCAUAGACUGCAUGAAGAAUUGGUGAAUAAUGUAUUGAAUGAUGUUGACGGUGAAAUAGUAGAUGCAACUACAGGGAAAGGAUACGGAACAGAUACCUCUUUCAAGAAUUUCGAUGGAACCUUACGUGAUAGCUUCACAGAUUCAGGAGCUUCAAAGUCUGAGGAUGAUAUCGAAAAUGAGAGCUGCUCCGAGAAUGGUUUAUUUGUGGAUUUAGAUCAACAUGAGGAUGAGGAUCGAACAGAACCUGAGACAGAGCUAAAUACUGUGAUGAACACGAAUAUUCACAAAGUCAAUGAAAGCGACAAGGAGUCUAUUGCAAGCGCCACCUCUAUCAUUAUACUAUCAGAUUAUGAAGAGAAGAUAUCGGCUGAUGAACCUCCCAAUAGACAUACUACGACUAAUCAUAUAUUUGAAAAAGUCGUCGAUAGAAAUAAACUCAGGGAUGAUUAUCAAGAUCCUAUACCAUCUGAAGUGGAAUCUACAGAAGAAAUGGACCAAGACGAUGAAUCUCAGUCCUCUGAAUCAGAUUCGGCAUUAUCGAGCACUUCAUCGAACUCGAGAUUUGGGCACUCUUCCAUUCCCAAUGGUCUGGAGUAUAAUCCAAUGAGAAUGGUAUUCAACGAAUCUGGACAUUUUGAUGAUUACAAUAGCCAUACUGCGUCUGACACGAGUAUACCGCAUCAUGAUGAACUGGAAAGUAAAUCACCACGAAUAUCACUAGACGAAACACGGGUGGAUUCUCAGGAAGAAUCACAAAAACUGAAAGAUAAAAUGGAUACUGCAUCACAAACGAGAAUCCAUGAAUCAACUGCAGAAUCGCUAGACAUAUCAGGGGUAGAGGCAGCGGAAAAUUCAUCAGAACAAUCCGUAGAAGAAAGCAUAGCACGAGGAGAAGAAUUGUUUGACUUAAACAAUAAAACUAAUGAAGACAAAAUCUCUGCUGACUAUGUAAACAAAGAUGAAAUUUAUCCUACACAUGUUGAUUAUGGUCAUGAUAAUCUGCAUCGAGAGGAUGGUGCAGUGUCGGAAGGCAAUUCUAUUGAGAAAAGUAUUAGGCCAGCAAAUACAGAGGCCAUGCCCCAAAGGCUGGAAAGUCUCAAAGGGGAGAGAGUCGAUACUGGAAUUAACAAAGAUGCCACGAAGGUACCGGAGGUUACAAAUGCCUACACCACCACUCACUCCAUGGAGUCUGCGAAUGACGGUACCCACUAUGAGCUUCCUGGUAAUAUAUAUGACUUUGAAGCAAUUGCUAACUUAGCCAUGAGCCAAGUGCUCUCGGCUAAUCACCUAGAUCUUCAAGCCGAGGAUCGGAUAGAUGCAGAUCUUGGCGAAACAUCUAAAAUUGUUCAAGAUUCUUAUAAUGAGAACCCUAGAAGUGAGCAUGAUUAUAAUGGGGAAAAUCAAGAAGAUUUAUCUGAUGGCAAUAUAGCUGUCUACACCGAUGAUGGAACGGAUACGCAUCAAGUAUCCGUUCAUGAAGGAGUCGAAGACUCUCCUAAGAGAACCCAAAUGCCUCUAUUAAGGAAAAUAUUCAAGCCUGAUGCUGCGGAAACAGACGAGGACACAACUUUUUCUUCCGCUGCGGAUGAAACUUUGUACUAUUCAGUUGAUGAGAAUCUGGAUCUUACCUCAAACAGUCAAGAACUACCGGUGGAUGAAGAAAAGCAAAUGAAUUUGACGUAUGAAAUCCACUUUACUGGAUCAGCUUAUAGCUCUGCAUCUUCCGAGGAUAAUCGCGAAGUCUUAGAGCCUCCCGAGUAUGUUUCACCACUUACAGAAAACCCUUUUUUAACGGCGUAUGAGGGAGACCCAAUCAGCCUUCUCCAGAGGACGUUGGCAUCGAUUGGGCAAGCGCCAAAGGUGUGUAGUCAAAAGAUGGAAAGCACAGCUGAAAGUACUCAGGUGCAGUUGGAAGAAGAAGGAAGCGAAUUAUGGAAGGAUCAAGGUGAGAAAAUGAGUACGAACGCCAUUGAACGCGAGACAGCUCUGAAUUCUGGCUCAAAUAGAAGCACCACGAGUGAUAAUGUACUGAAAUCAGAAAUUUCUGUAAAUAAUGAACAGUCAAGAUCGGAGCGUUCACUCGACGCUUCUGAGGGAGCUGGCGAAAUUUUGUUGGAGGAGCUAGAAUCUCCUGUAACGCCAUGCCACAUAGUCUUAACAAAACCGAUAAUCGAAGAUUCUGAUUUUGAAAACGACAGUGCAGUCUUUGAAAACUCAUUCAUAGCCGAAUUAAAGUCUGGAGACGAUACCAUAGCUGAAGCAAUAGAAGAUCUAUACCUGGUUGAAACUGAUCCAGUAGUAGAAUUCCCCGUGAUAUCGGCGGAAGCUUUUGAGACUUCAACUGCAGCAUUUAAUAUUGAAGAACUGCAGGCUGGCGACAAUUCAAUAUCAAUUGUUGAACAAGGCCAACUUUCGUUUGUAAUUGAAGAGCCAAUAAUAGAACUCCCUGAUGCAAUGGAUGAGCCGAGUAUAAUAGUGGAGGAGUGUGAUGUGUACGAGAGAGCACCAUCUACAAAACCUUUAGUAAGUUCAACUCAUAAUAAGAACGAACAGUACUACUCAAAUUUCCUUAAAAAAAGAUCUUUUUUUGCAGAUGAAAUAGAAAAAGAUGUAAAGAAGGGACAUUAUGAAAACAAGUGCAGUGCAGCCACAGCGGAUGGUGUGAAUAACCCUGACAUUGAAGUUGAGUCGUCCACCAAGUUGGAAAAAGGCCACGGAUCCAAAUUAGAUCACAGAUCCCUCUCAAUGAAAGUAUUAUCUUCUCCGAUUCGUGCACUAGGCACGAUCGCAAACCAUAUAAAAAAUGUUGGAAAUGUCGCAUCCGAUUUUGUCAAAAGAAUUGAUGCAAUGGAUAUUGAGGAAGAUGCUUCCUCCACAGCAGUAACGAUCAAUGAAUCUGCAGAAAAGAAGGAUCAGAAAGUAGAUCAAAUAACCGCUAAUCAUGAGGAGCACAGAAAGCUCCAGGAUGAGCAACUAAAUGAGCAGCAAAAUGAGUUGUAUCACAAUGACGAAAAAGAGCCAUGGCUAAUCAAGAAAGAAGAAGGUGAGUCUGCUGAUCUUGCGACAGGUCUUUUUGAUGGAGAUUGGAAGCAUGAGGUAUUAAAUAAUUCUAACUCUACUAAUCAAAGAGACUCGGCUCUUUCAGUCCCUUCUCUUACACGGUUAGAAACCUCCUUGAGCGUGGCAAGAAACGGGGAUGGUUCGCAAAAAAGCGAAAAUACUCAAGAUGUAAUAUCUAGUAUUGAGCAUAUUCAACACAUAUCUGACAUAGUGGAUGGAACACCCCUGAAUUUACUCAAAUCAGACUUCUUAUACUCCAGCGUUAAUAACACCGAUGUAGUACCUCAUGAGGAGUUGAACAUGACGGUGAAAGAGGACGGGGAAGCUGAAAUUACAAUCAAUCUUGACAAAAACUUGAAUGACUAUUUAAUUUUGGAUGAUAAACUGAAUAUGGAUGAAUUAAGGAAUGAAGAGUUGAAUACGACGGUGCAAGUGGGCGGUGAGGCUGACAUUACAAUUAUUUCUGACAACAACACGGAUAAUAUAUCAAUUUCGGAUGAAAAAUUGACCAAUGAUGAAGAGUUAAGUGAUGAAAAAAUGAAUAAUGAAGUGUCUAAAAAUGAAAAAAUGAGCAGCGAGAAGUCUUUGAAUGACAAUAUAAAAGUUACUGGUGAGAAUGCUCAAGAACAUAGCUAUCCAGCAGCAGUUUCCGGAGUAACUACAAUCGAUGACUUUGAGAAUGUAAAAAGUGUAGAUAUUAUCUCUUCUAGUUCAGGAUCUGAGUCAAUUAGGGUAUCAGAAAUUAGUGGUUCUCCUUCAGGAAUAAAUCUGACUAACGUGGCCGCAUUACCGGAUGACUUGCUGUCUGAUCCUCCCUCUGAAGAUUCUCCUGAUAGUGAGCCCUACGAUAACAACAAUGAAGAUGCUGAUGCCCUGUCGAGCGUUGCUCUCGAAGUGGCUGUGAUGAAACAAAGUGACGGAUCAGGUAAGAGCGAUGACUUAAAGACGAGUGCAGCGUCAGAAGUACUCCGAGACGUAGAACAAGAGGACUUUUCAGGGAAUGAUGACGCAUCAACCAGUAAUGAGGAAAAUUUGCGCCUCGGCAUGACAUCAAAUGUCAACAAUUUCAAGUCUCGCUCCAAAAGAAAGCGCUCCAGCCAUCCUGCUCUUGUGGGAGGUAAAGCAAGAAAGAGAGCAAGAAAGCUCAAGAAAUCCAAAUCUAAUACGAGUUACUACAGAAAUCACAGGAAACAAAGUAAAAGAGGGCAGACUGACUGA